AUGGCCGGGAUACCGGAGUCCCAGAAGCGAGGGCUCCUCGAGAAGCUCCACGGGAACGCGGGAGUUGGUGUACCUGUCGCCGGCUCGAACGCGCUGUCCUGCUAUCAGCAAUUGUACGCGUUGUACUUCAGCGACGAGGAGUAUCUCAAGGCAGCCACCGUGGCGUACUCCCUCUACGCCGCACUGGAUCGGGCCCUAAGGCAGAGUGGCACCGGUUUUGCAGAGUUCCGGCCCAGAAACGCAGUGAGCCCCUUCGCCCGCGCAUCGGGCCAGGUGUCGCCAGUCCUUGAGCAGCAGCGAUCGGCGCUUCUGAUGCUGAUCAGUGCUUUGACCCUGUGCCCUGCACAGCGGCUGCUGAUGCCUUCGGCUGACCGCCCUGAUGCCUUCAUCGCAGCUCCCGAGGCCGAGGUGAGUGUGUGCUCCCUGUCUGCCCUUCGUCGGCCGACGGCGCUUCAGGCCACGUUUCGCGGGUUCAUUGACAAGGAGUGGAUCCCCGGCUUUAGCGCGCAGUUGGCGGUUCGUGCGGAACCCAUGCCCGGUGAGAACGUAUCCAUCCCUGCAAGUUCGGAUGACGAAGAUGGAGGGCGAAGUCCUGCCAAGGUAGCCCGAGCUGCAAAUGGUGAUCAGGCCGUGACUCUCUCGGAUCUUCGGGCGAUCCUCCUGGAGCAGACGAAGCAGCUUCAGGAGAGUAACCAGUCUUCGGUUGACAAGGCGUUCCUCAGGAUGGAAAAGAGUCUUGACUCCAAGCUGGGGGAGUUCGAGGGCAGGGUCUCAGGCAUUGAUGACAGGGUCGGUGCACUUGAGAAGCAGAUCGAGGAGCUCCUCCGCCGUGAUCGUGCUGGAGAGCCUGUCGGGGGCGGCCGUGAUGAUGCUGACAGGCGUGCCAGGACCUUGGUGUAUGGGGGAUGGGCGCGUGAGACGCGUCGCAAAAUCAUCCUGGACGAUCUCGCCGGCCUUCUCUCCUCGCUCCAGGUCUCGGAUUUGCUUGAUUCGGACCCCUUCACCACGGGUGCUCGUCGAUCCAUGGCGCUUAGCAGCUUCAAGCAACGGGCUCACGAGUCAUUUGCGGAUAUGCGCUCGCGCAUGCACAAGAUUGUCAUUGCCUUUGCCAAGGGCGGCCUGGAGAUCAAAGGAGGAGGUCGAGCAUGGUGCAGCUUUUCAAAAACAAAAGCGGAACGGGCCAAAGGAGCACACGCGGGGUGGAUCAAACGUGUGGUCUCGGAGAUGAAGGCGGACCAGGUUGCCAACCUGGACAUCGAGUGGCAGAGUGGCUCGGUGUGGCUUGAGGACACCCUACUUGGCUCCUCGGACCUUCCGGUCCCCCCGGGCACGGAUAUGCGUGGCGUGCUGGUAAACGAGGAUCAGGAGGCCAAACCAUGGAUUUCGGUCAAGCUCCUCUCAAAGGAACUCAAGCAGAAGGAGAAGGACGUCUGGAAGGAGGCUGACAGUCAGCUCAGAAUCUUCGGUUGGAACUUGGGCGGUGUGGAGGUCCAAGACCUUCCACAGCUACUGAGGGAUGCGGCAGCGGGAGCAUCAUGGCGACAGGUGGCACAGGACAGGGUGGUUUGGCAAACCAGGGAGCAAACGUGGAUCAACAACAUGGAUCUACCGUGGUCGUCCGCCGCUGUGGGCGCCAUGGGCGUCCUUUUCUUUCGCUUUUGCCUCAUGGUGCGUCUAAUAUGGAUGCUGGCAGCCUCGGGCCUUGAUGGCGGGGCUGCGGUGACUGAGGUGCUCUCUUCAUAUCGUUUUCCUCGAACUUUGCCUGCCAUGAGUAUGGCCCCUGACCUACCCCUUCCUCUACCUGAUUCUCCGGAUCGUGACCGUACUCGGCGGGAGCUGUACUUCCUGCGCCCCCUCCAUGUCACGACUUCUGCACUAUGUGACCGCUGGACUGAGGACCUCUCUGUGUCGGAUGAGACGUCCUGGAUGCAGGGUUCUGUUUCCUCGCGAGCUCAGCCGACGGGUUGGUUCACCAGGGCACGAGAGCGUUUCCUGGAGCUUCAGGCCGGUGGCAAACACAAAUGUGCCGCCUUGCAUCUCCGGGACCUACUCAGGGUUGCUCAUCCUUCGAUAUGCCGUGCUGCACGUGAGUAUGUCCCCUUGAUCCUCGGGGACUCCGAUGGCCAAAACGUGCGAGAGGUGACUGCUGACGAGGAGGGUGAAUGCAAGGACUGGGCGAACAUGGUCCUGGCCAGCCUCACAAACCUGGUACCUCAGAGCGAGCUUGCUACUGUCCCUGCUGAGACGACCCCUGGAAGCUCUUUGCCUUUCGGUAUCUUUCAUGCAGUCCAUGUGUGGCCAAAUGGUACGUGGUCCACUGCAGCGGACCUCGCCACUUCUUCUGGAAACUCGGGGGUUGAGCCUGCCGCGGAGGUCGAGCACGGGACGGGUAUGAUUCCGCGGCUGGAUACGGAUGAGGACGACUCCAGCCUCAUCACCCUUGGGCACUUGGUGGUUGUCCUUGGUCCUCUGCGCCCACGGGGUUUUGAUGAACUUUGGGACGGACGUGUGAACCCUGACUGGUUCCUGGACCAGGCUGACAUCCUGGAAAAGCUUGCCAACCGGGGAGCUCAUGGACCAACUAUGGCACUCUGGCUGGAGGACCUCUUCCUGAACUCCGGGGAUCAGCGACUGGUAAACGAGAUGUCGCGCUACAUCAACGGCUUGAGGUAUCGCAUGGACACCUAUGUCCCCUACCAGAACGCACUCACACGUGCCAGCGGCGUUCCUGAUGAAGCUGAAUGGCAGACGGCAGUCCGGGGCAUCUUUGACUUCAUGAAGGAGAGGUGGCUCUGGAGGCUGUGCCCCACGGCGAUGUGGAACCAGAGGCAUGAAAGGUACUUGGCAGAUCGUGGCUACUGCAAUGUCGAGUUCUCCCCGGAGCAUUACGUGGGGGAGGAGUCUGAAAGGAGGGCUUUAUCCAGGUCCAGGUCGCCACACCGCCGCGACCGGCAACCGUGGAGGGUCAAUGAGGACUGGAGCGGCUGGCAAGACGGCACAGACUCUGAGGAGGGAAUGCAAAAUCUCGGUCCAGGGACCGUGGACGUGGAAGUGGCGAACCCCCGCCUCCUCCUGAAGAUCGGGGUCACUCAAGGGGGGACACGCAUGUACGCCGCCGGGCGCUUGCAAGGCGCCCGGUCCGCAUUGAGCCUGGGCCUAUGGACUCGCAUGGUGGUGGUCGUCGCCGUGACCCUAGGCAUCGGCCAAGACCCCUCCGUGAAUGUCGUGAAGUUCCUCGUGUUCGCUUCCCGGGCGAUGAACACCUGGAGGCAGCUCCUUGGCACAUCGGAAUCGCCUGGCAGUGAGCUUCUCGUCCAGCACGGGGGCCCCAUCAUCUCUGACCAGAGGUACAGGGCCAUCUUGGAACACCUGAGGGGGAGGCCUGAACAGGAACGUAUGAUCAUGUCCAUCGCGGUGGUGAGCUACCGCAGGGCCUUGAUGGUUGAGCUGGGCGAAGUAUGCCAUGAAGCCUCUCUUCAAAUUACUACCCUUGACGAGUCCGACGAUGUCCUUGUCGAGGUCGAAGAGGACGUAUCCAACCUCAUGCAGACCCUCAACUCCGACAUCAAGCGGGACACUGCCGAGGACCACUGGGCUCGCCUCAUGGUCCGCUUGCAGAAAGAACUGGCAGAGCAAACUGGGGCCUUGCGUCGCUCCCAUGUCGGUGAGUUGCUGGGCAGGCUCCGCGCUACACUGGGUGCUGGAUUGGAGACUGGCCUGGGUGCCCAGCUUGAGGCCUUGCUGCUGGUCAUGCUUGACAGGGACGUUCAGCCGUGCUCGCCGGGGGUCGAUCCGUGGAUGGCUGAUUGGACUCGGACCCUCUCGCAGUCUGUCCCGGACCUGGAUGUGGAAGUUCACUCGGUGCCCGAAGACAGCUUGGGGGAUGAGGACUUGAUGCGCGCGGUUCAGGAAGCGGAGGCAACAACUGCGCCGCCGGGUGAGCCCGCUUCCAGCAGCUGGCAGUGCCCGGGGGCAUUGACGGAGGUUCUCAUGCUGCGGGCACAGGAGCACGCUGUGCUCCUUCACCAAGCCGAGAACUACAGAGAUUGGGAAGCCUGGGAGAUUCAGCAAUCCUUGUGUGACCGUGAGCCUCUACGCUCUCGCCGCCAGUGUGUUGUCAAGGUCGAGGGGGUUGUCUCCAAGGGCUGUGGUGAAGGCGGACCUUCGAUGACCAGAUCCUGGCACAUGGAAGUACCGGAACAGGGUUCUCUGCGCCUCAAUGUGCACCUCUAUCUGGAAGAUGCUGUUGACCAGGAGGACAUUGAGACCGAGAUCACACAGGAUACGAAGAGGCGCAGGCGAGAGUUGGCCGAGCAGGCGGCCCAUGCAGGGACUGAUGUCUCCUAUGCCCAGUACGCGGACCUCUACCGUCAAUGGGUUCAAGGCACACUGAAUGCGCGCCAGAUUGUCAAUCGGUAUGGCCCAGAACUCUUGGAACACUUUGAGGCUCAGUUUGCUACAACAGAAGACUAUGUUCCCAAGGGUCCGGGGGUGGCACCGGACAAUCCACUACAACCUCUACCGGCCCACGGCUGCGUCGAGUACUCCCGCUAUGAGAAGGUGUAUGGGCUCUGGAUCGACGGUUGGAUCAGUGAAGUGCAAAUCCUUGAGACCUUCGGCCCGCGGUUCAUGGAACUCUUGGCGCUCCAGCACCUCCAUGGCACGACUCCUCAGACGAUUGACAUGGCCGGUUUCGAUGAACGUGUGAUUGUGGUGGGCUCGCCGGAGAUGAGAAGUCUGGUCAUGAAUGCGCGUGAGGACACUCAGCUUGAUGGGGAUGGCCCUCCGGGUGCUGAACAUGACGAAGGGGGACUAUGUGUGCCUGCCGGGGAUAUGGUGUCAGAGGGUCCGGGGGCUAUCGUGACUGCGGAGAACCUCGUCGAGAGUGGUGCUGAGGGAAUGGAGAUGUGCCCGGGUCUCGUGGAGGGUGCUGUGGGUCAGGCAACGAUUCCUGAUGAGUCUGGUGAUGGCAGUGAAGGGGCAAGUUCGAGGAUCAACGGUUGGGGAUUGAGAGCAGGAGAGUAUUGUUCCCUGUACCCGGAGGCGACCGUCGCCACACGUGGGGACGCUGUGACUUUGGAGGAGGCCAAGCAGCUUCUGUCAGAGAUUGAGCGGCGCUGUAGCAGCGAGGAUGAAGAGAUGGAAGUCUCGGCAAGCUGA